AUGGCCGUCGCGAUUGGACAAGUGAAGACGAGGAUGAGCGUGUUCAUCGUGGUGUGCGGCUGCCUUUGUCUCACGUUUACCGGAGCCUCGGAAACAGAGCGGCGGCUCCAUCAGAAGCUGUUUGAGAACUACAACAUGAAGGUCAGACCAGCUCCUUACUGGGAGGACAAGGUGACGGUGCGAGUGGGGAUGACCCUCUCACAGCUCGUCAGCCUGAACGAAAAGAACGAAGAGAUGACGACCAACGUGUUCAUGAACCUGGCAUGGACAGACUACAGGUUGUCAUGGAAUCCAGAGGACUAUGACGACAUCACAGUUGUGAGGAUUCCUCCCAACAAGGUGUGGCGUCCUGACGUCUACCUCAUAAACAAUAACGACGGUCAGUUUGACGUGGCUCUGUACGUCAACGUCCUGGUUUACAGGGACGGGACCGUCAACUGGCUUCCGCCCGCUAUCUUCCGCAGCUCCUGCUCUCUCGAGGUGUCGUACUUCCCGUUUGACUGGCAGAACUGCAGCAUGGUUUUCCGCUCGUACACCUACGACGCCUCUGAGGUGGAGCUGCAGUACAUUCUGGACGACGAAGGCCAAGAGAUUCAGGAGAUUGUCAUCGAUGAGAACGCUUUCACUGAAAACGGAGAGUGGGCCAUCUGUCACAAACCCUCCAGGAAGCACAUCAAGGAGGACCUGUACGAGGACAUCACCUUCUACCUCAUCAUAGAGAGGAAGCCUCUUUUCUACAUCAUCAACAUCAUCGUGCCCUGCAUCCUCACCAGCGUGUUGGCUAUAUUUGUCUUCUACUUGCCCCCCGGAGCAGGAGAGAAGAUGACUCUCUCCAUUUCUGUCCUCAUCGCUCUGACAGUUUUCAUGCUUGUGCUGGCGGACAGGGUCCCCGAGACUUCCCUCGGCAUCCCCAUUAUUGUCAACUACGUCAUGUUCACCAUGAUCCUGGUGACUUUCUCCGUCAUCCUAAGCGUAGUUGUCCUCAAUCUGCACCACCGAACGCCCAGCACACACGUCAUGCCGAGCUGGGUUCGAAAGGUGUUCAUUCACUUCCUGCCCAAGUACAUCGGCAUGGCGAGGCCGAACACGGAGGAGCCUCAGUUGAAGGAGGAGUCCGAUGAUGACUCGCCCAUCCGAAGCUUCAGCGGCAGGCAUCCCGGAGGAGAGUACUUCUUUCGGAAGAUCAACCCUGACCUCGUCAUACCCUGGAGGGGCCGGUGCGAGAGCUCGGUGCAGCUCCAGCGGCUCCCGCACACCGACAGCUUCUGCCUGGUCCUCCCCCCCAACCUGAAGUCGGCCAUCGCCGCCGUGACGUACAUGGCGGAGCAGCUGAAGAAGCAGGACACGGACGACACGAUGACAGGGGACUGGCAGUACAUCGCCCUCGUGGUGGACCGCCUCUUCCUGUGGCUGUUCGUCAUCAUCACCACGCUGGGCACCCUCGCCAUGUUCUUGGACGCCAGUUUCAACUACACACCCGACAACCCCUUCCCUUAGGGGGCAAGAGCCCCAAACACACCGGUCGGCAGCGAUUCGUCCGAGUUCACCGGAUCUGACUUCCCAUUCAAAAAUUUUUUAAAGUGUUGUGUUGGCUCGUGGCCACUAGGGGGCAGCGACAUCACGGCCAGUUAGAAGAUGAGCUGCUGUUGAAAGGGCUGCAGAAAGGUCGAUAUGUCUUAUUGGGACUUCCUCCCUCAAACAUAAGUCACAUAUAUGUAAGAUACAUACCGUGAGCGAGUUCAGGUCCUUCACUCACAACUCUGUUUCUUACAUCACGUACAAAAAAAAAGAGCAGAACGUUGGAACCAAAGAACACGAUGAAAGCGAGAGACAUUGAAGACGUUUGACGUGAAUAACGGCUUUCACCGCAGGACCUCUUCACAACGGAGAUUUAUAACAGGAGCGCCGCCCGGCUCGUCCCACGCUGACACGGCAAUGCGAAUUUAAUCAGAGGAUUUUUAAA